UAUUCUCGCGCAGGCAUGUGCGAUCCUGAUGCUUGUACCUAGGUACAUAAUCCACUUAGUCGAUCGCGGCUGUUCUACAUGUAUCUAUGGUACAGUACCCGUGGUCGAUGCUUUCGUUCACACUGAACCGUUGUACUGCUUUUUUGUUCCUUUUUUCUCCCACCAAGCAAUUCCCGUCUUGAUCAAAUAAUCCAAUAAUCCAAUCCCACGAUCUUGACCUCCCAUAUCUACGCACCCGAGUCCCUUGCGGAGAGAUAAUUCUUCCAUCUCGGGUUGCAAUUUGAUAUUAUUUAAUUAUUCUUAUCACCUUAGCACGGUGAACUUGGAAGUAUUUUAACGUUGUCCGUUGAAAUAAGUCAUUGCGCAUGACGGCGGCAAACCUCGAAAACGUUCUUUUUUUCUUCGCCUCGUCCUCGUCCACUCCUUCCGGAAUAACCUCCUAUGACUCCUACUUCGGGACCCUCUACAAAGCGUAACUUCACCUCCCCUCUACCCUUUGGUCGAACCGGUCCCCUUCAAUCCGCCGAAGGAAGAGAUUUAGGUGUUGUAGUCCUCGUCGCCUUCGGUUGACUGGCUGGCUCGGAACAAGCUUCUGGGUCCGGUCAGCACUACGCGAGCGUAUGCCUCGCGCUUCAGCAUCGGCAAAGCGACAGCACGGUGCCUCGAAUAAUCGCGAUACUAGACACGAGAAUGGCCUGGUAGGUCCCGGGAAGCGCGUAUCGAAACAAAAGAGCCUCAACCACCUGAACGGAAAUGCGAAGCAGCCCUCCGACGAUGCUGCUAUCCCCCCUGUCCCCCCAACACCGCCACCCUCUGCGAACGGCUACUCCAAGCAACCGACCGAGAUGCCGGCAGAGAACAGGAUCACCGAGUCUCUGAGGAGAGGCUCGCUUGGUGGCUAUUCGGAGUCGUCGUCAUCCGAGUCUUACCACUCUCAUCUCGGCAAUGGCAUCCCCGAAGAUAACCAUCGUCGGAUCGACGUCAAUGCUACUAAGAACUCUAACGUCCACCGCGACCCCGGUCCACUUGGCGUCGACUUCGCUCUCACCGUCCUACGGUCAUGUCCUCUUCAAGAUACCAUCGCCAUUCUCAUCAUUCUAAUGCAGAUCCCCCCUCUUGCGCUAUCCGGUAUUUAUGUGCUUUUCACGCUGCUUACCUUCGUGACUAGCAACGGCCUGACCUUUAGCGACGUAUUUGAGUGGAACCUAGGUGCGCCCUCCCUGGCAACCGUCAUCUGCGUCGAUGGCAUCGUCCUUCUCAUCUGGUUAUUUCUAUGGGGCCCGAUUCAGCACGUCAUCCUCGACCUGGCGCAGAUGGUCAUUGCACUGGGAUUGGGUGGCGGAUCAAGUUCAAGAGAUGGAGGGUCUAUGAAGAACACUCUCAUCUGCCUAAGCAUGAUUCUUCUGUCUCACGUCUUGCGUCACACCAGAAUGAAAUAUUCCCCCAUAGGAUAUCUCCUAGGCUCUAGUCGCUUCAUGACCCCCGAUCUUGAUGACCCGCUGGAAUCCUUAGAGUCUAUACGUGGCUACGAUAGGGUUCAAACGGGUUGGUUCGGGUGGGUUAAGAGCAUACUGGCCAUUCAUAUCUUAACGCAGGGUCUCGUAAAAUACAUACGCGAUUGGUAUUUGAGGCGGGAAAGGCGUGAUAUUCUAGCUCAGAAUGCCGCCGACCCCGAGGCCGGAAAAACUUACACCGCGGAGAAUGACGGUGGAUUUUCGACGCCGGAUAGCGAUACUGCUUCCCUCCAAAACUCAACAGCGUUAACUACAAAAAAGAAAAGAAAACAAAGUGCCCAGAUUCGGAAUCGACAACCGCUCUGGGCAGCUUUAGCGAGCACAAAAAUUGUUGUCGUGAAAGAAUACGAACUUACUCAUGCCGCGGCGGAAUCCGCGGGUUCGAAUGCAACUGACAUUCAUAAUCUAGGUAACGCUCCAUUCAACACACAGCCUGACCAAAUUUGGAUCACCUACGUCGGAUGUGAUGAAGUAUGCUUCAAUACCAGCUACUUCAUUCAUACCCCGGAACCUACUGCCUCCCAGGACGGGACAAGGAUUGACUUUGCCAAACCUUUCUAUGUUCGGGUUAACAAUGCUGUCUGGCAGCCUACCAGGAUGGUGCCGGUGCAGGAUCCUGAAGGGGAUCUUAACCAUGGGACUCGAUGGAGCGGGGAUAUUUAUGGGCUUACUCCCAUGUCGAACUACGAAUGCGAAUUUGUUAGCACGACAACGCAUGAGGUCCUGUUUUCGACCAGCGUGAGAACUGCUCAAGCCAAGUCGGCAGACGUAGACGUCAGCGCUACGAAGCCACCGGGUCAACGAUCCCUUCGACCUGAUUCGCCCAUCACGACCCUCAAGACGUCGAUUGCAGCAGCUGAAAGCAAACUGGCUGAGGAAAAGGCCCGUCAGAAGGCGUUACGGAAGGAGUUUCAUCGGAAGGCGAAUGCUAUGAAGAAAGAGAAUGAAAAACUGUCUACCGCUGUUCAGUCAGCCGGCACGGGUGACGAUAAGCUACGCCAGAAAAUCCAGCAGAAUACUACGCAGCACAAGCAGGCAGAGCAAGCUAUCACUAACGUGGAAUCGGAAUUAAAGGAGCUCGAGUCCGUCCCUGAAUCUUUGAGGUCUGCCUGGAAAGCCAAGCAGGCUGCGUGGGCGAACGCGAAGGCCAAAUACGAUGGCGCCGUUACUGCAUUUAGGGGAUUCAAAUCGUCUGUCGAUCGCGGAAUUAAGGGUCUUCAAGAGGAAAAGGCGAGCCUCCAAGCCAGACGCAACAAGAUCAGCAACCGAAUCGCCAAGGUCGACGGUGAGCAUGCACGUAUCGCCGAUGCCAAUGCUCGUGGCCUUGAUGAAGCGGAGCGCAGACGGCAAGCCCGGGAGACGUACGAGAAUGACAUAGCCAAAGUUGAGUGCGAUUUGAUUGCCAAGAUCAACGAAGUCGAUCUUGCUAUUUACAACAAGGAGCAGGAAAACAUGGCACUCAAAACACAGCUAGACUCGUUCCAUACGCAGCAGCAAGCUGCGUAUGCUUAUGCGACCUACGAAUUUCCCGAUGCAACUGCCCCCUUCUCGUCUCCAGGCCCUGCACCUCCAGUCCAAGGACCCGCUACUAGCACGGCAACGUAUGAAGCGACGGCUGCUUGGAACAACCCUCUCUACAACCCGUCACUUUGGGGACCCUCCCCUCUUGCCCCCGGGUUCGUGCCGCAGGGAACUGCCACACCGAAUAUUCCGCAGCCCGGGACUAAGGCUAGAGGCCGCUCGUCGUCGAUGCUUAGUGAUGUGUCCGGUUUCACGCAGAGCAGCGCAGCCGAGGAUGAGGGAAAUAAUACCAUCCCUGCGUACUCGCACAUUCGAGAGGGGUCCGGGUUUUCAGAGUAUUCUAGUGCUCCUCUGGGCCUUGAAUAUCCUACACCUACCGGACCUCGAAGCGAUAUCAAUGGCGAGGCCGUGAGCGAUUGUAGUGGUAGUCCUAGCGGGGGUAGUGCCAGAACUGGCAGCGAUAGGGAUCCGAUGAGCCCGGCUUUUUAACGGGAUGGUUAGUUGAAUGCUUCAGUUUCGCUAGUGCUUAUUUAUCAGGGUCAAAAGUCGAGAGCCGUCUUUGAGGCUCUGCAACGAUGGGCGUU